AUUGAACGUAGAGAAAUCUGUCCCAUAACUGAUCUCCUUUCUCGAUGUGUAUGUCAAUAUUAUAUCAAAUCACAUUUGCAAUGUUGUUCACUGAAGCAUGACAAAUUUAUCGUACCCACGUGACUUAUAAACGUAAACAUGUUUUUGUCAGUAGGCCAACCGUCAGUACAUGUGUGACGUGGCGGGGAGUCACAUCUGUUGGAAGUCUAUGUACUACAUGUAUUGUUUGUUAACAGUGCUUGUCAUGUAAAUAAUUUGUCAAGCAUGACCUGCACAGAACAGCUGUUGCACAAACAGGAUUCUAGAUGUUGUGUGAAAAGAUAAAAGUGCCUGUUGAAGUGUUCAAAGUUUUGAUAAACUUCUGCUAGAAGUCUCAUGGGUGAUUCUAAAGACUAUGAAUAUGAUUUAAUUCCUACGUUUGAUCCAGAUGAAUAUGACUCUGAUGAAGGUCGAUAUCAAAUGUUUUAUGAGGAAGAUCGCAUAGGUAUGAGAGUAACAUCUGGCAGUAUAGUGUUGAAGAAGGAUACCCAGAACCUCAUAGGGAUCAGUAUAGGGGGCGGGGCUCCGCUGUGUCCAUGUCUCUACGUCGUCCAGAUAUUCGACAACACCCCCGCUGCCAAGGACAGUACUCUGGCCUCGGGGGAUGAGAUUACUGGUGUAAACGGACAGUCAGCCAAAGGCAAGAGUAAAGUGGAGGUCGCAAAAAUGAUACAGUCAAUAUCUGAAUCAGUAACUAUCAACUAUAAUAAAUUGCAUGCAGAUCCAAAGCAAGGAAAAUCUCUAGAUAUAGUUUUAAAGAAAGUGAAACAUCGUGUGGUAGAGACAAUGAACACAAACACAGCCGAUGCCCUGGGCCUUAGUAGAGCUAUCCUAUGUAAUGACGGUUUAGUUAAGAAACUUGAAGAACUAGAGAAGACAGCGGACAUGUAUAAAGGUUUGAUUGACCAGACAAAGAAGUUACUCAAGUCAACAUUUGAACUGUCACAGUCUCACAAAGCUUUUGGAGAGGUGUUUUCAGGAAUUGGAGUGCGUGAACCUCAGCCUGCAGCCAGCGAAGCCUUCAGCAUGUUCGGGGAGGCGCAUCGUAACAUGGAGAAGUUCGCCAUUAAGAUGUUAAAAACAGCAAAACCGAUGAUAAGUGACCUCAACACAUACCUACACAAAGCAGUGCCCGACACAAGACUUACCAUAAAGAAAUACCUGGACGUGAAGUUUGAGUACCUGGCCUACUGUCUGAAGGUGAAGGAAAUGGACGAUGAGGAAUACAGCUACGCAGCAUUACAGGAGCCUCUGUAUCGAGUGGAAACAGGGAAUUAUGAAUACAGGUUAGUGUUACGCUGUCGACAAGACGCACGACACAGAUUUGCCAAAAUGAGAGCUGAUGUCCUUGUCAAGAUGGAACUUCUGGACCAGAAACAUGUCCAGGACAUCGUGUUCCAGCUGCAGCGCUUUGUUUCUGCGAUGGCCAAGUAUCACAACGACUGCCAUGGUGUUAUGAAGAAGGCUGUAGUGUUCCCCAUAGAGGUGGAUCUGUCCCGCGGCACCUUCACAUACGACACUUCCAACCAGUUUAACGAUGAGGAAGAGGAGGAGGAGGAGGAGGAGGAAGCGGUCGAGGAUACCGUGGAGACGGGAAUGGAGGCGAGCGUCACAGAGACUAACGACCUUAUCAGUACUGAUUAAGGGUCCGUAGCGGUAAAGGGAGGUUAAAGGGGAGGGGGUUGAAGGGAAAGUCAUGUACAGGCUUAAAUUUUGAGAUCUAAAAUAAUGAAGCAAUUUCAGUGUUAAGAAUCAAGUGUAUAUAUAUAUAUAGGUUGCAUUUUUUCAGUCUGUUCAAAAGUAGAGAUGCUUUUUGAAAGUAAAAUUUGAGACAAUAACACUGUUGAUCAGUAAUUUUGUUUUUCUACAGAUGAUAUAGAAUUUUAAAACUUUAGUAAAGAUCCACAGGAAAAGACUUUACAGAAAAGAUUCUUCAUGAUCACCAGAUCAAAGUAAAAUUAAUCUGAUUUACAGAAGAGAGUUUCCAUUCUCCUAAAAAAUAUUCAUGUGGUUUAAUGAAUACAUGUGACAUGUAAACUAAAAUAGAAGCCUGGUUUUAAUCAAAAGAAUUCUUCCAUUAAGCAUGCUAUGCAUGUGACAAGUGUUAGUUAAAUUAUUUAGAAGAUCAAGGUCAAGAGAAGCCUGUAUUUCAUAGGGAAAAUAUUAUGGAUUUGUUUGUUAAUGAUUAUUUGGUUAAGAAGGAGUAACCACCUGAAUGAUGCUCUUCAAUUCUACAAUUUUUUGCAAUAGAUUUUAAAUACAGUACAACCUGCUUAAAACGUGAGAAAAACGUUAUCCAAGUGUUCAUAUUACGUAUGAAAAAAUAGUAAUGCAUUAAUUAUGAAGAAGGGAACAAAAUCAUAUAUUCAAAUUACUGUGUAACCCCUAUAGAACUAUAGUAGACUCAACCAUGCAUGACCUGGGAGUCCAUUAUGACAUGAUGUAUGGCCCCAAAAUACUGGUUUGUUUAUAUUCAACCCUGUCAUAUCCCACCACCAUCAUUGUUCCUUUUCAUGUUGUUUAAAAUCAGGUUUCCUUGUAUAAGAAGUAUAAGGACUUGUUUCCCUUCAAAUUCGACUUUAUUUGGGUCUACUGUACAUAUAAGCAGUAAAAUAUGUUGAAGUACUAGAAACAUGCCUGAUAUGAAAUCAUGAUUAUAACAAAGUCACAUCUGUUGUCCUAUGGAAUUUCCAUGGUUGUAAGAGGUUAUAAAAGCUAGAGACUAUAAGAGCUAUUAUGAAUGAUAUGUGAGAAUGAUCUUUUUGUUAAAGCAAAGUGAAUACAAUUUUGUGUUAAGCUUUUUGUUUGUUUGUUGAUGUUAAUAUGAUUGUGGCUUCUAAUCAGACAGAAUGUCUACUACUGCAAUAACGGGAAUCAGCAACGUUCUGAAAGAUUCAUUUUGUGCACCAAUUCAUCUGUGAUAUCUUAUGAUAUUCCUUUUAGAGGUUCAGAAUACCUGUACAUUUUCAUAAAUUUCCUUGAGGUAGAAAAGGGGUGAACAGCAUUUUCAUCCAUAUUGCUUUUUUUCCAUCCUCACCAAAAAUGUACUUGGACGUAUGAAGCAACAAUCAUGAUUUAUGGAAUCGGAAUGAUAAGAAGUGCAUUUUACAACCAUAUAUUGUUCAUUUGUGUACAGUCGAGGAAGAAUUUCAGAAAAUCAUUUGAUUUUUGUGAUUGUCAUAGAUUUGUUUGAAUUUCAUUAACGUCGUUUCACUUACAUUCCAUGGUAGGGCAAAUGAUUCCCUAAUAGGAUGUCAAAACCCUAUAAAAUCAAAACCAAAACAGGGGUAGGGUUUCUGUUUACCGUAAUUGUCAUUAAAGCCUCAUUGGAAUAAGAACCACAUUCACGUUUCUUAGACCUUCAUUCAUAUAUGCUGUGGCCCAUUGAUCACAGAUGAAUUAGAGAAGUGCAUAUUGAGACCAACCAUAUGCUACAUAAAUCAGUUGUUUUACAACACCUAGGCGCUUUCUUAAAUCUUCUCGGAUAUUUGCACACAUUUUCUUCAGAAGUGGGAACUUGUCUGAUUAACUAGUAUAUUGUAUAUAGAAAGAUAGUAUUCAAUUUUUUUUCAUCAUAUUACGUGGAGAGAACGGAAAGGGUACAUCUUUAUCAUGGGGGGGGGGGGGGGGGGGG